GUGGGAGAGAACAAGCCGGGUUGCAAGGACGCGCGGGCCGCUGCGGCUCUGCCUGGCUCGCGCGGGGCCGUUGGAGCCUCUCCCGGGGCCGGAGAAGGACUACAGAAUAACGUCCACGUUUUGCUCCAGAUCAUCCCAUCCUCCCUGGGGGAAGGCAAUGGCUGCAAUGGAGCUGGCUCAGGGGCCGGUGUCUUUUGAGGAGGUGGCUGUGUAUUUCACUAGGGAGGAAUGGGCUCUUCUGGACCCUGUUCAGAGAGCCCUCUACAGGGAUGUCAUGCAGGAGAACUAUGAGACGUUGACCUCGCUGGUAGGGUUUCCAGUUUCCAAACCUGAUGUGAUCUCCCAGGUGGAACGAGGGGAAGAGCCGUUGGUUUCAGACCUCCGUGGCUCUGAGAAAGAAGUGCUUCCAAGAGCUGCCUGCACAGGUAGUGACCUGUGUCUGGAUUCUCUCUGUCUCCCAUCAGGUGAUGGGAUGGUGAGUGAGAAUGAGGAGGAGAAACCCCAUCAGGAAGAUGCUGAGCAAAGAGAAGUACAUGGAAUGUCAUCAGGAAGAUCCAAAGAGAAUGUUUCCAGGAGUUGUGCACUCCCAGAAAAACCAAAAGCCUGUGAGACUCAGGGGACGCCAGAGGGAAACUUCAGGAGCCUCUCAGACCUUAAAGCAAGCGGUAGAAUCAACUUGGACGAGACAUGCUACACGUGCACUGAGUGCGGGAAAAGCUUCAAUCGGAGCUCACACCUUAUCACACAUAGUAGAAUCCACACAGGAGAGAUGCCCUACACAUGCGCUGAGUGUGGGAGAAGCUUCAAUCAGAGCUCUACCCUGAACACACAUUGUAGAAUCCACACAGGAGAGGCGCCUUACACAUGCUCUGAGUGUGGGAAAAACUUCACUCAGUGCUCUACCCUGAACACACCUCGUAGAAUCCACACAGGAGAGAAGCCCUACACAUGCACUGAGUGUGGGAAAAACUUCACUCAGUGCUCUACCCUGAACACACAUCGUAGAAUCCACACAGGAGAGACGCCCUACACAUGCUCUGAUUGCGGGAGAAGCUUUAAUCGGCACUCACACCUUAUCGGACAUCAGAGAAUCCACGCAAGGGAGAUGCCCUACACAUGCUCUGAGUGCGGGAAAAGCUUCAAUCUGAGCUCUACCCUGAACACACAUCGUAGAAUCCACACAAGGGAGAUGCCCUACACAUGCUCUGAGUGCAGGCAAAGCUUCAAUCAGCGCUCAAGGCUCAUUAGACAUCAGAAAAUGCACAGCAGAGAGAAUUGUAAUAAAUCUCUUGACUAGG